GUGACGUAAUCACUCCGCGCCGUCUCUCUUUUUUUAGUUUCCAGGAGCUUCAAGAAUGGAUAACACGUCGGACACGGUCGACCUGGAGAUGCGUCUCCAGACGCUGGAGGGUCAAAUUUACGGAGAGAGACGAAACAAAAGUGUAAAACCCGUCAAGUGUGCCGAGUCUCUGGCCAGGAUCCAGGCCGGCUUGACCAACACGGCCAACAAGAGGGAGCGAGUGAAGAUCCUGCACAAGAAGAUCGAGGACCUGCUGAAGUACCUGGACCCCCAGUUCACCGACCACAUCACCGUGCCAGACGCGAUGAAGCUGGAGUUCAUUCUCGCCGAGGAGGACUUCCUGCUUUCCCAGGCUGCUCUGCUGGAGCAGGUCAGCAACAUGCAGCCGCUGCUGGACAGCACCUACAUCAGAGAUGUACCAGAACACGCCACCAAGCUCCAGCGCCUGUCACAGAUCCACAUCAAAGAGCAGGACCAAACUGAAGCUCAGUCUCUGGAAGUGAAGAAGCUUUUUGAGGAAUACAACAAAAUGAUGUUCCUGCUGUCUAAGCAGUUCACCCAGUGGGACGAGACCCUGAGGAAGCUGGAGGACGACAAGGGCAUUCGGCCUGUGGAGUAGUUACUGUCAUCACACACACGCACACGCACACACACGCACGCACACACACACACACACACACACGCACACGCACACACACGUCACUUGUAUAUUAAUUAUCCAUUUGUAACCAGCAUUUAAAUUAAUCAGCCAGUCAGCAUAUUGUUUGUAAUUUAUUUUGAUAAUAUUCAAACUAAUCCUCUGACUUAAAAUCAAAGUUGUUCCAAAUAUAAAAACCGGAGGAACUGUUUUUAUUUCAGACAAUGGAGCUUUUUGUGUUUGCGUAUUGACUCGACUUGUAAACGCAGUCACAAGACUACACACACACACACACACACACACACACACACCCUCUUCAUGGCUUUAGAUUUCCUCUCUGGUUGACGUUGUAAAAACUGCGCUUACUACAAUAAAUAUCUACUACUGUUUUCUCUGA